AUGCCUGUUUCAAGCGAAAAGUUUUGUCGCGAAUUUUGUACUGAUGGAACGUGCGAUGACAUUGUCACAAAAAGUUGUCCCAGUAUUAUUUAUGCAACAGCUCGUCCGAUUUUAUUGACUCAUAUAGUUAUAACCUAUGAAAAUAAGGCUUUACGAUAUACAGAUAGCGACACAGAUAUUCCCAAACCAACCUAUGUUUGUUACAAUGGUACACUUCUUCAUUUACCUGCUGAUGAAGAAACAUUUACACUACUUGAUAAUAUGACAUGA